AGGGGAGGGUCUGGAAUGUUGGCCCCGCCCCUCCCCCGCGCCACGGGGACACCUGCUCCAGCGAGCACGCAGAGCGCAGGAGCGCGCAGGACGUGCGGAGUGGUCCGUGGCGCGCGUCGGUAUGGCCUCGUUCGUGUGCAGAGUACAGUUCCUGGACGACACCGACCCGUUCAGCAGCACGAGCUUCCCGGAGCCCGCGCGCCCCCCGCGCUUCUCCUUCAGAGAGGACCUGCCGCUCAGCAGCCAACUGCGCGCGCUCCACCACCUGCUGCGCGCGCCGCACCGGAUGAUUGUGCUCUGCAGCUUUCUCAUAAUGGAAAUUAUCUGGAUCUGGAAUCUUCUCUGGUGGAACAGAGGGAUGAGCUUGAGGGCUUCCAGCAGGACGACGAGUACGGAGGAGGGAGGGGUAAGAAGCACAGUGUUAUUCUGAGGACUCAGCUGAGUGUUCGUGUUCACGCCUGCAUUGAGAAGCUGUAUAACUCAAAUGGUCGAGAUCUCCGCAGGGCAUUGUUCUCUCUGAAGCAGAUAUUUCAGGAUGAUAAGGAUCUGGUUCAUGCGUUUGUUAUGGCGGAGGGACUGACCUGCCUGAUAAAAGUCGGAGCUGAGGCCGACCAGAACUACCAGAACUACAUCCUCAGAGCUUUAGGUCAGAUCAUGUUGUACGUGGAUGGGAUGAAUGGGGUCAUAGGUCAUCCUGAGACCAUCCAGUGGCUCUACACUCUGAUUGGCUCUAAGUUCCGGCUGGUGGUGAAGACGGCGCUGAAGCUGUUGUUGGUGUUUGUUGAAUACUCGGAGUCGAACGCGGUUCUGCUCAUCAAAGCUGUCAACGCCGUGGACAUGAAAAAAGGGCGGAGACAGUGGUCCAAUGCGAUGGAGAUUCUGAGUGAAAAAGAUGGAGUGGAUACAGAACUGCUGGUGUACACCAUGUCCCUCAUUAAUAAGACGUUAGCGGCUCUGCCGGACCAGGACUCUUUCUAUGACCUGGUGGACGUCCUGGAGGAGCAGGGCAUGCAGGACGUGACCCGCAGAUACAUCGGCCGCAAGGGAACCGACCUGGACCUGCUGGAGCAGCUCAACAUCUACGAGGCGACUCUUUGUCACGAGGACGGUGACGAUGAUGGUCGAGCUCCUCCCACUGGUGGGCGGGAGCGCCGCAGGUCCAGUGCUGGUGUGAUAGAGGGGCGGGGCUUAGAGAGACGCCGCAGUCGUAGGCAUUCAUUAAGCAGAACAAGCAGUGAUACGCCUUUAAGCCCCGCCUCCCUUCAACGUGCAAACCACCAGCCAUUUAAUCAGGAUGUUAAUGACAGUGCCAGAGAGGAGGUGUCCACUGGAGGCGCUGUUGAGCAGCCGUCUCUGUUAGCGUCUCUGCUAACCAGCCGUAAGUCCUGCGUCAGCGUCCCGCCCUGUUCCGCCGUCUCGCCGUCCCGCCCCCUCCAGCGCCUCCCGUACCUCCCACACUCCCCCUUCCACCUGUUCUCCUACGACCUGCAGGAAGAGGAGGAGCCUAAUCGCAGGAGCGCCGGCAGGUCGUUCUCUGCUGCUCUUUCGACCCCUUCCACCAGAUCACAGAAUGACAGGCCGCCUUUAGGUGGUCUCCUCUCGUCGUCGUAUCGUCAGCAUCAGGAGUCGUUGGCGGCGGAGCGCGAGAGGCGCAAGGUUGAGCGAGAGGAGCGACUGCAGAGGAUUGAGCGAGAGGAACGGAACCGACACAGUCGAGAGUAUGUUGGCCACAUGGAGGAGGCUCGGCAGGCGCGAGAGGAGAGGUAUAGGAUGGUGGAGCGCUUGGCGGGGGAGGAGUUUGAGAGAGAAAGGGCUCGAUUGGCUGCUCAAGGAAUUACUCUGAGCCCACCUGACACCUGUCAGUCAUCCCGCAGUGACACACCCACCUCAGUGACAUCACAGGAUGAUCAGGACUCGGUCAUUACAUCAUCACACCUGUCCUGUGAGCCAGAACCGGAAUCCCGAGCCAGUCCAGAACCAGCGCAAAAGGAAGAACCCACAGAAGAGGAAGAAGCAGAACAGGAGGAGGAGGAGGAGGGAGGAGUCAGUGUAGAAAAAGACGAAGCUGGCACAGAAGAAGGGGAGGAGCCAGUGGAGGAAGAGGAAGAGCCUGAGCAGGAAACUGUAGAUGCAGAGGUGGAGGACAGUGGGAUACUGAGUGAUAAAGAACGACAGAAUGAAGAAGUGAACGAGAAAGACAACUGCUCCGCCUCCAGCAUCUCCUCCUCCAGCAGCACUCUGGAGAGAGAGGAGAGAACCCCCGGAACCGGAGCAGAGACAGGUCAGAGCGGCCAGGAGGGCGGCUCUAGUGAGCAGUGCAGCGAGAUCCUGAACAGUAAGCGCUUCAUGCUGGAUAUGCUGUACUCUCAGGGUAAACAGAACUCUCAGGAUGAGGAGGAGGAGGCGGAGGUGGAGACCGAGAAAGAGAAAGAGGAAGGUGGAGAAGAAGGGGAGGAGCCUGAAGGAGAAGAAAAUGGAGAGAAGAAGACAGAGGGAGGGACUGUUCGAGCUUUCGCAGAGCGUUUUGGCGACCUCGUCAAAGGCCUGAGCUCUCCGCCAAUGGGAGCGCAAGAAGGUCCCGAGAAGCAGCAGCAGCCGAUUCCACAGGCUCCGCCCCCUCCUAAGAAAGAGUCGGACCACAUCUGGGACCAGCUGAUGGCGAGUCCUCGCGAGCUCCGCAUCGGCGACAUCGACUUCACCGACUUAGUGGACGAGGACGAUCAGGACGUCCUGGACUCUGGAGACUUAAUGGGAAGUUCAAAUCUGCCUCCGCCCCCUCCUCCCCCUCCCUGCCCAUUUAACCUGCCCCCUCCCCCUCCCCCACUGGUCCCCGGGGUCAGGGCUCCGCCCCCUCCACCCUGUUUCUCCGUCCCCACGCCCCCCUCACCUCAGCUGGGCCGACCGGAGCCGCCGCUCUUCCAGAAGAAGAAGAAGACGAUCCGUCUGUUCUGGAGCGAGGUCCGGCCGGCCGAGUACCAGUUCCUCGGACACAAAAGGGGACACAUGUCCCUCUGGUCCAAACUGGAAACCGUCAAACUGGACACGUCCAAACUGGAACACCUGUUCGAAAGCAAGUCUAAGGAGAUACCCGUAACCAAGAAAACGGCGUCGGACGGAAAGAGACAGGAGAUCAUCGUUCUGGACUCUAAACGCAGCAACGCCAUCAACAUCGGCCUGACCGUCCUCCCACCACCGCGCACCAUCAAAUCCGCCAUCCUCAACUUCGACGAGUACGCGCUCAACAAGGAGGGCAUCGAGAAAAUUCUAACGAUGAUUCCUACAGAGGAGGAGAAGCAGAGGAUUCAGGAAGCUCAGUUGGCCAAUCCGGACGUUCCUCUGGGCAGUGCUGAGCAGUUCCUCCUCACGCUCUCCUCCAUCAGUGAGCUGUCAGCCCGUCUGCAGCUCUGGGCCUUUAAACUGGAUUACGAGGCCACUGAGAAGGAGGUGGCAGAGCCGCUACAGGACCUGAAGGAGGGCAUGGAGCAGCUGGAGAAGAAUAAGACGCUCCGCUACAUCCUCGCAGCGCUGCUCGCUAUCGGCAACUUCCUCAACGGAUCAAACGCUAAAGGCUUUGAUCUGAAUUACCUGGAGAAGGUUCCGGAGGUGAAGGAUACGGUUCAUAAACAGUCACUGCUGCAUCACGCCUGCUCCACCGUGCUGGAGAACUUCCCCCAGACCUCCGACCUCUACUCCGAGAUAGGAGCCGUAACACGCUCUGCUAAAGUGGAUUUUGACCAGCUGCAGGAGAACCUGACCCUGAUGGAGCGGCGCUGCAAAGCAUCUUGGGAAAACCUGAAGCUCAUUGCGAAGCACGAGAUGAAGCCGGUUCUGAAGCAGAGGAUGAGCGACUUCCUGAAGGACUGCGCCGAGAGGAUCAUCAUCCUGAAGAUAGUGCACAGACGCAUCAUCAACAGGUUCCACUCGUUCUUGCUGUUCCUGGGUCAGCCGGCGUACGGCGUGCGGGAGAUCAGUGUUCAGCGCUUCAGUAAGAUCCUGAGUGAAUUCGCUCUGGAGUAUCGGACCACCAGAGAACGGAUCCUCCAGCAGAAACAGAAACGAGCGGACCACCGGGAACGCAACAAGACCCGCGGCAAGAUGAUCAUAGACGUCACCGCACCGACUGAUGAUGAAGAAGAACCUGAGACGGGUCAGACGGUCGGGGGAAUCAGUGGCAGCACUGUCGGCGGCGCCCCUAGUGGUGGUCAGCGUGAGACGCAGGGUCUGGGUCACGCGGAGGACGCCGCUGAACACGAGCACAUGAAGGCGGUACUGAAGGACAGCCUGCAGAGCGGCAGCACUGAGACCAGUGUGUUACCAGGGUUACGCACACGUUCACGAGUACGGCCGAGCAGAGGUCGUACUGCUUGGGCAGCAGCGAAUGAGGACGCUCCUGGAGUGACCGAUGAUGGAGCCGAUGAGAUCAUGGAGCGAAUUGUGCGAUCGGCCACUCAGAGUCCACGUGACCGAACACAGCCACGUGAACGCCGGCGCUCCCGUGCAAACCGCAAAUCACUGAGGAGGACACUGAAUAACGGAUUGACUCCAGAAGAAGCUCAGGCUCUGGGGUUGGAGGCUUCAGAGAUGCAGGUGUGAAGAUCCACCACCCCCGUCUCCACCUUCUCCACCCACACCUUCAGCUCCACCUUAAUCCCCACAGCGAACUGGAUUCUCCUCACAUCCAGACUGUUCUCAGAUCUGUACUGUUCAGAUCCAGACUGAUGGUGUAGGUGUUCUCAGUAGGUGAUGGUGUAGGUGUUCUCAGCACUGCUGCUUUAAUAGCAGCUUUAGCUUCUUCAGAUCUGGGUGGAGCUCCUGUUACAGUGCAGGUGUUCUUCAUGACCAGCAGGUGUAGCUGUUCUCACACUGUUCCAUGAUCCAGCGCUUCAGCAGCAGCAGCAUGUUUAGAUCUGCUAAUGAUCAGAAAUCUGAUUUAAACCUGUAACUGUAGUAAUGUUAUUCUAUUUAUUACUAUUAUAGUAAUUCUCUUAAAGAGUCUCUCUAAAAGUAAUGGAACUGUGAGGGAGAUCUAUUUAUUCCUGCCUGACUGAAAAUAUUUGUGUUUGAUAUGAAAAGUUUGAUAUGAGACAAAAGAUCAACAUUUCAGCUUUUAUUUUCAUCUGGAUCUGAAACACAGUUCAGAAGAUUCAGCUCCAGUCUGAACCCAAACAGAGAGAAAGAUUUGGAACAUAGAAAAGAGACACUGGACUCUCAGGUGUGUCCUGAUAAAUUAACUAUUCAAACAGGAAACAGCUCUGAAGUAACCAGAACAACUGAAUGAAGAAUCUUUUCAUAUCAAACACAAUCGUUUUCAGUCUCCAGCAGAAAGAAAGAUAUAAAGAGAUGUAGGUGGAGGAGUAGGUAGAGAUGUCUCUGGAGAUGUAGCUGAGAUGUAGGUAGAGGUUUAGGUGGGGAUGUAUGGAGAUAUUAAUGAGAUGUAGGUGAUGUUUCUGGAGAUUUAGGUGGAGAUGUUGCUACAGACAAAGAUGAGAUCUAGGUGGAGAUUUAGUUGGAGAUGUAGGUGGAGAUUUAGUUGGAGAUGUAGGUGGAGAUGCAGGUGGAGGUUUAGGUGGAGAUGUAGAUCUUUUUAGAGAGUAAAUUCAGGUCCAGAAAGUGAAAAUCUGGGGCGGAUCUUCUGGAUGUGGAUUUAUCUCUGAUUUAUUCUAAUUAGAAGGUGAGGUCAUCACCACUGUUACUGAUUGGUCACUCUGUCACUGACAAGCACAGGCUCCACCCACUAGCGUUGUGUCACUACGUUCUCAUACUCAGGAGAACCAGCAUGUGCCUCACUGGCAGAUCAGUGUUUAGUGAUGGAACGUUACUGUCGGAACCCUAAGAACCAAUAGAAUCGCGGUUCUGUUUAAAUAACCUGAUUCUGUUUUUAUUCACAGCAUCAUCUUCCUGUAUUAACCAAUCAAAUCAGAGUGCCUUUAUUCUGCACUGUUCUAGCUCUAAUCGGUUCUAGCUGUAACUGGUUCUAGCUGUAUCUGGUUCUAGCUGUAUCUGGUUCUAGCUGUAAAUGGUUCUAGCUGUAACUGGUUCUAGCUCUAAUCGGUUCUAGCUGUAACUGGUUCUAGCUGUAUCUGGUUCUAGCUGUAUCUGGUUCUAGCUGUAAAUGGUUCUAGCUGUAUCUGGUUCUAGCUGUAACUGGUUCUAGCUGUAUCUGGUUCUAGCUGUAAAUGGUUCUAGCUCUAACUGGUUUUAAGUCUAAUCAGUUCUAGCUCUAAUCAGUUCUAGCUUUAACUGGUUCUAGCUCUAACUGGUUCUAACUUUAAUCGGUUUUAGCUCUAAUCGGUUCUAGCUCUAAUCGGUUCUAGCUCUAUUCAAUUCUAGCUGUAACUGGUUCUAGCUGUAACUGGUUCUAACUUUAAUCGGAACUAGCUCUAAUCGGUUUUAGCUCUAAUUGGUUCUAGCUCUAAUGGGUUCUAGCUCUAUUCAAUUCUAGCUGUAACUGGUUCUAGCUGUAACUGGUUCUAGCUCUAACUGGUUCUAACUUUAAUCGGAACUAGCUCUAAUCGGUUCUAGCUCUAAUCAGUUCUAGCUUUAACUGGUUCUAGCUCUAACUGGUUCUAACUUUAAUCGGUUCUAGCUCUAAUGGGUUCUAGCUCUAUUCAAUUCUAGCUGUAACUGGUUCUAGCUGUAACUGUUUCUAGCUCUAAUCAGUUCUAGCUGUAAUUGGUUCUAGCUCUAAUCGGUUCUAGCUCUAAUCGGUUCUAGCUGUAAUUGGUUCUAGCUCUAAUCGGUUUUAGCUGUAAUCGGUUCUAGCUCUAAUGGGUUCUAGCUCCAAUCAGUUCUAGGUGUUACCUGGUUCUAGCUCUAACUGCUUCUAGCUCUAAUGGGUUCUAGCCGGGUUCUGUCAGGCUGUGUUUUUUGUGUAUUGUGAUGUCACUCUGGGGGGGGCUGAUCUACGGUCCUGAGCACCUUAUCGUUUUUCAGAAUAUUUAUGAUAAAAUGAGAAUUUUUAUUUGUAAAUGAACAAAAGCAAGAUUUCUAUAUUUUAAUGAUUAUUCUAAUGUUUAAAAUUCUAAUGGGGUAUAAAUUUCAUCUGAGAAAAGUAUAAAAUAUAAUAAUUCAGUUUUGUUGUGUUUUAUUGUGUUUGUAUAAAGUGUGUAAAUUCUGUGUUUUGUUGUGUAGAAAUGAUUAGAAAUAAAAGUUUAUUAUUUACUGAACUGAAACUGUAGAUCGGUGGGUGGAGAAGUGCAUGGUGAAGUUCUGGUGUUUGGAUGUUUGAUGCUGAACAGUUUGCAGUGUUGCAUUCUGGGACGUAAAGAAUCCUGCAGUAAAAGUGUUUUCACACUCGG